AUGGCGCUGGCGGCGGCGCAGGCCGCCGAGGAGGCACCGGAGGACCGGGCCCGAUGCGUGGCAUCUGUGGAGAAGACAUCUCCAGUGCCGACGAUGGACUGCAACACAUGCGGCGACGCCUCUUCGACUCACCACUUAGAGUGCGCCAUCGACUGGGUGGUGGAGCACGUGUCGAAGCCGGCCGCCUUUGAGGCCGACCUCAAGCUGCGGGAGACCACCCGCAUGGCAGCCGAGGCCUCAUCCCAGCGGCGGGAGCGAGGCCGCAUUGAGCGCCACCGCCGCUGCGAGCUGGCUGCCCGGGUGGAGGCGCCGGGGGCGGGUGCAGCCACUGUGCUGGCGGGCAGCAGCAGCGCAAAGGCCACGGAUGUGGAGGCUGGGCCCGCCGCCGUCUCGCUGGAGGCCUGGGUGGAGCGGCAGCCGGAGGUGCAGGCAGAAGCCUGCGACUGGCAGCCAAUCAUGGCUGGAGGCUCGCAUCGAGGAUGCCAAGGCCUAUGCGGCGCAGCAGCGGCAAGAGGCUAUGGCAAGCAGCGGCGCAGCCUUGGCAAGAGCCGCCAAGCGGCGGGCGGCAAGAUCGGCCCGCGGCGCGAGCGCCAGCUUGCGGACGGAGCUGUGGCUGUCAAGCUGCCCGAGGCGCCAUGA